AUGGUUCAAAAUAAAAAAAUUGAAAUGUGGGACCAAUAUGUUAAGCGAAUUGAUGAAAAAGGAAAAGAACGUUACCAGUGUAAAGCGUGUAAUAAAGAAUGGGCAAAAAAUGCAACUCGAUUGCAAGAACAUUUAAAAGUCUGUGUUUUAAGAAAUUCAACAUCAAACGAAUCGUCUGAAUCAUUUGAAUUACCUGGUACUAAUAAGAAGCGAAAACAACCAGCCUUGGAUAAUUUUGCUCAACCAGAUCAAACUGAAUUGGAAUCAUUACUUGCCC